CUUGGUUCCCGGUUGCUUAACAAGACUUCUGUCGCCCUUGCUUCCCCCCGAUACCUCAACUGCAGAUCGGUCACCGGUGCCGUAAGAAUGGCCUCCACACUUCCCAAGCUGCCCGUCUUCGAGGCCAUCUCUCGCCAUGACCCCGAGUCUACCGUCGUCGUUCACUCAAACAGUGGGAGGACAUUCAAGUAUGGCGAGCUCCUAGGGGAUGUUUGGAAGACUCGGAACAGGCUAUAUGAAACCGCUGGCAAGGAAGAUCUCGACGGCGAACGCAUUGCUUUCUUGGUAGAAAACAGCUACGACUAUGUAGUAACUCUACUCGCAUGUCUGGCUGCCAAGUCUAUUGCCGUACCCUUGUCUCCUGCUUUCCCAGCUCCGGAACUCCAGUACAUCCUGAACCAUAGCGAAGCCCUGCUGCUUCUCUCGUCUGCCAAGUUUACCAAUAAGGCACAGGAAGUGCUAAAGACGGAAUUGGACUCUGAGCCAACUCUCCUAGAGCUUACCAAGUUCCAAGGAGGAAGCCAGCAUGAGCAGGUCACUCUGGACUCCAAGUCCGGACCGGGAGAAGCGGGCAUGAUGCUCUACACCUCCGGAACCACGAACCGGCCUAAAGGCGUACUGAUUCCCCAAUCCGUCAUGACGGCCCAAGCCCGUUCCCUCAUCCACGCCUGGGAAUACACCCCCGCCGACCACCUCCUCCACGUGCUACCGCUGCACCACAUCCACGGCACCAUCAACGCCAUUUUCACCCCUCUCUUCGCAGGCAGCUCCAUUGAGUUCAUGUUCCCUUUCAACCCCGACGCCGUCUGGAAGCGUUUUGCCGCUCCCUUCCUCCCCGACACCUCGGACAAGAAGAAGAUCACCUUCUUCACCGUCGUCCCCACCGUCUACUCCCGCCUCCUAACCACCCACAAGAACCUCCCCGACGACCUCCAAACUGCCACUCGCAAGGCCAUUGCUCCCAGCAAUCUUCGCCUCGCCAUCUCCGGCUCCGCCGCCCUCCCUACCCCGAUCAAGAAGGCCUGGCACGAGCUUUCCUCCGGCAACGUCCUCCUUGAGCGCUACGGUAUGACCGAAGUAGGCAUGGCCCUGUCAUGCGGCCUCGAAACCGCCGACCGCGUGGACGGUUCAGUCGGCUGGCCUCUUCCCGGCGUCGAAGCCCGCCUGGUCGAUAUCGAAAACAACACCAUUAUUGAGCCCGGUCAGGAACGGGAUCCUGAGACGGGCCGUGAGCGGGCCGGUGAGAUUCAGUUGCGCGGACCCAGUAUUUUCAGGGAAUACUGGCGCAACCCCGAAGCGACGGCAAAGGAGUUCGUCACAGACGAAAAGGACGUUGCGGGCAGUAAGGGGCGUUGGUUCAAGACGGGCGACGUAGCCGUCAGGAGGCCGGCGCCCGAGGGCGCAGGCAAGAGCGACCUCAAGAGCCAGAAGGACUGGGCGAGGGGGGACAUGUACUUUAUCCUCGGCCGUAAGAGCGCGGAUAUCAUCAAGAGCGGCGGCGAAAAGGUGUCGGCGCUGGAGGUGGAGAGGGAGAUGCUCAGCCUGCCUCAGGUGGCCGAGUGCGCGGUUCUAGCGGUUCCCAGUGGGAAGUGGGGACAGAAGGUUGGCGCGGUGGUGAUUUUGGAUAAGGAGCAUGUGCCCGAGGGUAAGUGGACCCCGUUGGAGAUGAGGAGGGCGUUGAAGGAUCGGUUGGCGGCAUAUAAGAUCCCCCAGGUGCUGAAGAUUGUGGAUAAGAUCCCGCGGAACGCGAUGGGGAAGAUUAACAAGAAGAAUCUGGUCAAGGAGGUGUUUGCGGAUGAGUUUAGUGGGGAUGAACUCUGAGUACAAAUAUAAAGAAGGUAAAAGAAGGAAAGAAUCACCUUUGUUGAAGAAGACGGGAGUCGAUCCCCGUGUACUACAGUCACGGAAUAGCAAGCCAGGAGAUGGAUAGUCACUUUGUUCGACCAGGGUCAUCUAUAGAAACGUUCGGUAUAUAGAUGGUAGUAGAAAUGCAUUAGAGGCCUUGUUUU